AUGUAUUCAUUUCAAGUAAUUCGUAAAACAUCAAAAUCCGAUCUCGCAAGUUCCUGUCUUAUUCAUGCAAUCAAUCCUAAAAGGGAUCUCAAGAAAACUGGUUUAUUGGAGUUUUUAAUUGAUAAAAUUGAUGAACCCGAAAAUUCUUUUAAGGAGGCAUUAGAUUAUCAUAAAGUUGGAUUCAAGUUCAAUGCCAAAACUAUUAAAUUAACAAAAGAAAUUAGAUCUUUAGCG